UUAUAUAUCAGUGCUCUAUCUGGCGCCAAAAUCAUAGAUCAACCAGACACCGGUGCGAUACUCCACUCGAGUAUCAUCCUGUUUUGUUUUCCCAAUAUACAUUGGUAUAUUCGUUUGAAAAAGUGCAUCAUCGUGAAAUAGACUCCGGAGACAUCAAUCGUCAUAUCCUAUCAUUCAUCAACAGGUGGAUUUUCUUCGUCGAGUGUAUCGAUAGCGUUCUUCGAAGUGUUUACCCUAUUUCAUUUUCAACAUCCAGAUAUCGACGAGGGUGAUUUGCGUGCGACGGAAAUACGAAGAGAGAGAUUUGGACAAACGAUUUCAACCCUCAUUCUCUGAACUUCAACAGCCUGCACAUUUCAUUAAGCUACCCUUAUUCGACAGCACAAUAUUGUGCAACAUUUCGAAAACUCAGAAAUCUACUAUACUAAAAUGGAUCAAAAUGAUGAUGCAGCAAUGAAAUCUUCACCUUCGAUCAAAACUGACGAAACUCACGUCGAAAAAACGUACUGUUCCUUAUGUUUAAAAACGGACAAAGAUAUUCUAAGAUUAAUUAUCAUGCGACAAUUAUCAGUAUCAUUGAUUCAAAUAAGCAUAAAAAACGAAACAGCUACAAUUGAAUCGAUAAUGAAUAACAGUUAUCACAUAAUGUCUCACGAGAAGACCGGUUAUGAAGCGUUCGAUCAAUCGAACGAUCCCGAACCAUGACUGGACCCAGAAUUGCAAACCGAAUUUUUCAACAGAUUUAUGAAACGUUUUGCAAACGAUUUGAAAAUGGGCUCUAUUUCUUUGAAACAGUGCAUUGUAAAUAUUCUAAGUUCACCGAACGAAGUACUCCUCGAUUUCGAUUUACAAUUAUUAUCAAGAUUUUCUAGGAAAAAUUUUAAUGAAAUUCACGAUACCGUUGGUUAUUUAUUUUGGUAUCCGAAAAGAUUUAGCAAAACCAAAGAUGUGACAGAUAAUUCCAACUGGUUCGAUUUUAUCGAAUCCAUACCUAUUAUACCCAAUUAUUUACCAACAAAUACUGAAUCAUUCGUUACAAUAAACGAUUAUUUGAGCUGCGUUCAUGUAAUUGAUAAUAAUAGCAGUGUAAUUACCUGGUAUUUAUUCGAUUCAACUAGACCAUCGGCUCUAUUUUACCUGAUGUUUUCCAAGUUGUACAAAAUACAAAAGAGAACUAUGAUUAAUAAUAUUAUUCCAUUAGAGAACGGUGUAUUUGAUUAUCCAAAUCAUAUGAUUCACAUAUUUCGUUAUUCGUCUAAUGAUAAAAAUAAUACCAAACGAAAAUGUCAGUUUGAACAUAAAAAAAUAAUCGAAUUAACAAAAAAUCCGUUUAUUGAAUUACAAUUACCUAUCAUUAUUGGAUCUUUCGAUCAAGAAACCUCGAAACGUAUAUUUCAUUUAGUAUACGAGAAUGACAUUAAACCGGAGGAUCUUUAUGAAUUAUUAUUUAAAUUGACUAAUAUUUUGAAGAACAUGCAGAUCGAGAGUAUUCCGAUUCAAAUAUGCAAUUCGUUCAAUUUUCGGCUGAUUUUGAAGAUGCUUAGAUUCCUGUUAUCCGAUGGUAAUAUCAAAAUAUUUGCUAAUUUGAGGAAUUCAUAUUUUCCCAAAGGAUGGACUUUUUGGAAAUAGAUGUACAGAGAUAUUUGCUAAAAUAUUGGAAAUUUGUAUUGGAAAUUUGCAAAAACAAUCGAUAAAAAAAGGGACAAUACGCUCAUAUUUGUAGAUGUUCGAAUCGAUGCUAAAUAAAAAAUUUAUUCAAUUAUGCGAUGAAAAAGAAUGAAAUUUAUCUGGAAGGUAUUUUUAGAAUUUAAAAUGUUUAAAGAUAGAUACAACUAUUUUUGUCGUGUUUAAUGGACAUUACUGUAGUAGAAUAGAAAAAGAAAUAAUUAUAAGUCGAAAAUUGUUUUACAUUAUUGUAAAACAGACUCCCUAUAAGUCAUUUACAUGUAACAAUCUAAAUAUACGAAAAUGAUGUAACUUAUAUUUUCGAUAAAUCAUGUACUAUGACUAUCGAUGAAUGAAACUAUGUGUACCUAAAAUUGUGCCUAUUCUAAGAGUACACACUUGUGACCUAUUACAAUUUUUCGACCAUUUGUAUGAAUGUGAUAAUACAAGAAACUAUAAAUGUUAAAUAUAUGUGAUUUAUGUGCAAUUAAAGAAUAUUGUAUAUACAGAAGUUUCUCUGGGAACGUGAAUCAGUCUGUGAUGGAAACGUAUAUGUUAAUUAUCGAAUGUAAUUAAGAUAAGCUAAGAAACUAUGGAACUGUACGACAAUGUAUCGAAUACCUCAAGAGAGAAACUAUUUUUCUGACUAUUAAAUCGUAAAUGAUGUCUACCUCGGUAAUUCAGGCAUGUAUGGAGAGAAUAAAAAUUGUGAAAAUGUAGAUUUAU